CCGGAAGUGACGUCAAGGUCGCUUCCGCCGCCGCGGCUCCAAGAUGGCGGCCCUGGCGCUGAGGGGGUUGGGGCGGCGCUGCCUCCUGGCCCGGCUGGGCCCCGGCCCGACCCUGCAGCAGGUUAUCCCCAUGGGAAGCACGGCCAGGGAGGAGAUGAGUCGCUUCUGGGAGAAGAACACCAGGUCCAACCGGCCCCUGUCCCCCCACGUCACCAUCUACAAGUGGUCCCUGCCCAUGGCCAUGUCCAUCACCCACCGCGGCACCGGCGUCGCCCUCAGCCUGGGCGUGUCCCUGUUCGGCCUGGCCGCGCUGCUGCUGCCCGAGCCCUUCCCCCACUACCUGGCCCAGGUGAGGGCCCUGAGCCUCGGCCCCGCCCUGCUCUGCUCGGCCAAGUUCCUGCUGGCACUGCCGCUGUCCUACCACACCUGGAACGGCAUCCGCCACCUGGCCUGGGACCUGGGCAAGGGGCUGCGGCUGCCGCAGGUGACGCAGUCGGGGGUGGCGGUGCUGGCGCUGUCCCUGCUCUCCUCGGCCGCCCUGGCCGCGCUGUGAUUCCCGCCGGGAAUGCCGGGAAUCCUGGGAAUGCCCCGCCCCGUCCCGGAGCUCCGGGGAGAGGCGGCGCUUCCCGCCCAGAAAAUCCUUGGAAUUGGCCGGAGCUGCUUUCUUUCCCCGCCCGCGCCGGGGGCCGUCCCCGCCUGUCCCCACCCUGGCGACAAUGGGGGCUCUGUGUCCCCACGGCCGCGGCGGGGGGGGGACACUGGGGACAUGAGUGGGAACGGGACAAGGAGCCCAUUGAGGGCACCCGGGAGGGGGUGGGGGGACAGGGGACACCGCCCCGAUCCUGCAUCCCUGCCCUGAUCCCUGAAAAUCCCCCAGCUCAGCCACUCCCGGAGCCCCCGGGAGCGAGAAUUCCCAUUUUUUCCAGCCCCUUAUCCCCCAGAAUCCCCCAGCUCAGCCACUCCCGGAGCCCCCGGGAGCGAGAAUUCCCAUUUUUUCCAGCCCCUUAUCCCCCAGAAUCCCCCAGUUCAGCCACUCCUGGAGCCCCCAUGAUGAGAAUUCCCUUUUUUUCCCUCUUGGGAAGCAUUUUUUCUCUCCCCUCUGGAAUAAAGCAGCUCUGACCCCUCCA